AUGAAGCCCAACCCAGCAGGCUCCUCCCCGGAGGCCUGCAAAGCUGUGGGCCAAGCAUCACAGCAUAAGACUCAAGCCACACCUGUGCAGGCCCCGAGGCAGAAGUUUCUGGUGACUGGAGGAGGAGGCUACCUGGGCUUCAGCCUGGGUUCCAGCCUGGCCAAGAGUGGCUCCUCUGUCAUCCUGCUCGACCUCCGCAGACCCCAGUGGGAGCUGUCCCCAGGAACCGAGUUCAUCCAGGCUGAUGUCCGAGAUGAGGAAGCCCUGCUUCGUGCCUUCGAGGGGGUGGACUGUGUCUUCCACGUGGCCUCCCACGGAAUGUCUGGUGCCGAGAAGCUUCAGAAAGAGCAGAUUGAGUCUGUAAAUGUCCGUGGCACCAAACUGGUGAUCGACGUCUGUGUCCGCCGGCAGGUCCCGAGGCUCGUCUACACCAGCACCGUGAAUGUUGCGUUUGGCGGGAAGCCCAUAGAGCAGGGCGAUGAGGACUCUGUGCCAUACUUUCCACUGGAGAAGCACAUGGACCACUACUCCCGAACCAAAGCCAUCGCCGACCAGCUGAUCCUCAUGGCCAACGGGACACCUCUCCCGGGAGGAGGCACUCUGCGGACGUGCGUGCUCCGGCCCCCAGGGAUCUACGGCCCCGAAGAGCAGAGGCACCUGCCCCGCGUGGCGAGCCACAUCAAGAAGAGGCUGUUCAUGUUCCGAUUUGGGGACCGCAGGACGCAGAUGAACUGGGUCCACGUGCGCAACCUGGUGCAGGCACACGUGCUGGCGGCCGAGGCCCUCACCGCGGCCAAGGGCUACGUGGCUAGCGGGCAGGCAUACUACAUCAACGACGGGGAAAGCGUCAACCUCUUCGAGUGGAUGGCUCCGCUGUUUGAGAAGCUGGGGUACAGCCAGCCCUGGAUCCAGGUGCCUACGUCCUGGGUUUACCUGACAGCCGCAGUGAUGGAGCAGCUGCACCUGGCUCUGAGGCCCAUCUGCAGCGUCCCGCCGCUGCUCACCCGCAGUGAGGUGCACAGCGUGGCGGUGACGCACACCUUCCAGAUCGCCAAGGCCCGCGCCCAGCUGGGCUACGCGCCGGACAAGUUCAGCUUCGCGGACGCGGUGGAGCGCUACGUGCAGUCCACGAGCGCGCGGGCCCGCGGCUCCACGGCGCGGACGCUGCUGCGGCUGCUGCUGCGGCUGCUGCUGCUGCUCGGCCUGCUCGCCCUGGGCCUGCACCUGCUGGGCCUGCGGCCGGCCGUCGUCUGA